AUGUUCAAUCUCAAGCGGCUCUUCCUCGCCGCCACGCUGGUGGUGGGCGUCAGCUUGCUGUAUGCUCAGCCGGCUGCCGCCGUCAAGGGCCCCAAGAUCACCCACAAGGUCUACUUCGACAUCGAGCACGGCGAUGAGCCCCUCGGACGCAUUGUGAUGGGCCUCUACGGCAAGACUGUCCCCAAGACAGCCGAGAACUUCCGUGCUCUUGCCACUGGCGAGAAGGGCUUCGGCUACGAGGGCUCGACCUUCCACCGGGUCAUUAAGCAGUUCAUGAUCCAGGGCGGCGACUUCACCAAGGGCGACGGAACUGGUGGCAAGUCCAUCUACGGCGAGAAGUUCCCUGAUGAGAACUUCAAGCUCAAGCACUCCAAGAAGGGCCUUCUCUCCAUGGCCAAUGCGGGCAAGGACACCAACGGCUCCCAGUUCUUCAUCACCACUGUCGUCACCUCUUGGCUCGACGGCCGUCACGUCGUCUUCGGCGAGGUCCUUGAAGGCUACGAUGUCGUUGAGAAGAUCGAGAACGUCGAGACCCAACCCGGUGACAAGCCCGUCAAGACUGUCAAGAUCGCCAAGAGCGGCGAGCUCGAGGUCCCACCUGAAGGUAUCCAUGUGGAACUCUAG